AUGUCCUCCGAUGACAUCAAUCUCGGUCCUGAUCAGAGAAUCGAAAACGGCCUCACUUCCCCCCUCGUCUUCCAAGACGAUACUUUACGCUUCAACUGCGACGGUGCACCACAGCGGCAGGUCGGCGAUCCGGUCGUUAAACCCCGGGAAGUCGGCGGUUUCAUCGACGACAAAAUGUUCACUGUAAAUCGCGAUCGGUUUUUCACCUCCCAGGGUGCCGAGUUCCGCCGUAACGUUUUUGCUGAUCGCUCCGACCACAGAGAUGCUCCAGAUGUACUGAACUGGAGCGCGGGAACUCCCAGCAGCGAUGAUUCGGACGGAGAAGACGAUGAAGAUGAUGAUGGAGAUGAAGGUGACGAUGGCGGCGAAGAUGUCACUGUAGUAGACAGACUCGUCAGUAUCGGUGAUGGGAGCAACCGGAGUUCAAAUGCAAUCAUUGAUGUUAACAAUAACAACGGUGGUGGUGUUGUAAUUGGAAAAUCCCAGCAUCAUUCACCUUAUGUUUCCGGUAGAGAGAUGUUUGGAAAGGACGGAGAGAUUGUACCGUUGGUGCAUAACCAUGGGAGUGGUACUGUUGGUGAAGAUCAUCAGCGAGAAAGAUUAGGUAAAACUCAGAAUUCUGCAACUGUUGCUGAAGCUGAUUGUGAGGAGUAUUAUUCCCACUAUCUUCAAGGUACGGAAGGGUCACCUUCUGUACAGAAAGUUAUGGUGGAUGACAAUGGUUGUGGGUUUAGUGGAAGAAAGGAUGCUGCGUAUUCCAGCGAGUCAGGGGAAUCAUUGAGGGCAAUUCUUUCAGAUCCUGUUACUGGGACUCUUAUGGAUGAUGCAAUGAUAUUACCUUGUGGACAUUCUUUUGGCGGAGGCGGAGUACAGCAUGUUAUUAGAAUGAAAGCUUGUUGUACUUGCUCUCAACCCACACUAGAGGAAUCAAUAUCUCCAAAUCUUUCACUCCAAGCUGCUGUACAGGCGUACCGUCGGGAAGAGGAAUCACAAUUUUACCGAUCAUCCAAAAGAAGAAGAGAGAGAUUUGAUCAGGGUGUUUUAGGAGAGUGUGCUGUUUUUGAACCAUCAAGGAGCAGAGGUGUUCAAUUUCCAUUUGCUGUGACGGACAGGGUUAUCAUAAAGGGGAACAAAAGGACACCACAGCGCUUUGUUGGAAGGGAAGCUAUUGUAACAACACAAUGCCUGAAUGGAUGGUAUGUGGUGAAGACAUUGGACAAUGCAGAGAGUGUAAAAUUGCAGUAUCGCUCCCUUGCUAAGGUUUCUGAUGAUCCUUCAAAACUUGUCUCCAGCAACACGGGACCUAAUUGGCUUCAGAUUAGCCGCACUCCAUCAUAA